GCAUGAGGGGGGCAGGUGCUCCAGCUCUGCCUCACAAUCACAUCAAGUGGUCCCAGGUGUGUGAGGCUGUGUUCUUUGCUUUCGUGGUCAGUGCAGCAGUACAACAGAUAACUUUAACUUCCUGCUGCAAAAGGCACUUUGAAGGUUUGGUUCAAUCAUUUGGGAGCAUUCAUGUAACUUCACAGACUGGCUCAGCUCUUCAGCACACAUGGCUGCUGGGUUACUAAUCAUCAGGCUGCUCUUGGUUUUUUUGAUGAGUGAAGUAAAAUACUCUUCUGUUUUUCCCACAAAUGGAGUUUUGGGGUCCCCUGAAAGACAGACCAUUCCUGAAUUGACCAGUAUUGACUCUGAUCAGCCAAAUGAAGCUCAGACCAGUCCUCUGUUGAAACUUAUGAAGGGUGUCUUGAAGCGCCCGAGCAACACAGAAGUGUACAAUCAACCCAGUUUGAUCCAACAUCAUCAGGAGCCCCAAAACCAGCACAGCGAGCGAGCAAUCAAAUGGCUUGCUGAUGUGUUUAAACCAAAAGAUAAUUCCUUAGACAAUUCCAGAAACCUUUUGAGGAACACCGAGACCAGUCCACAAGUGUACAGUCAACCCAGUAUUUACCCACAAACCUAUCAGCAGCAGACUGAGCAUGGAGAUAGAAGGCUGGUCGACGUGAUGAAACCGGAAGAGGAUUUUCUAGUUGAGUCCAAAGCCCCACAGAGCAACACUGGGAUUGGUUCCAUCAUUAAAAGCCUCAUUGGGAUCAGGGAUACCACAGGCACUGCAGAACCUCCCACAUUUCAGGACCAAAAUGACUUUAGUUCUGCGCCUUGGUCUGAGCAUGUGGAUGAUUACAGUUACCCGUAUGAAGAAAUGCCCACAUAUGAUAGAAUCUAUCCAAAUGUCCACCUGGAUGUGUCUCUUCCCUUUGCUCCAUCCUUUCCGAAUGAGGCUUGGAAUCUGCAAAGACUUAUUGGAAUGAUCAAUCCUUUUAAACAGGGUUUACUGCAGACAGGGGUGGGCCAGUCACUUCUGUUUAACCCUGCAGGACCUCUUCGCUUCAAUUCCAAUCCAGCCUAUCCCUUUCGGCAACAAUACCCCUGCCCACAGCCCCAUGUCUCCAUGUACCAUCCUGCCCACUUCCCACAGCAGGUUCCACCUUUUUGGCCCACGUUACAGCAUGGUCCCAGACAGUACCAGCACCCCCAUUAUGGCUCCCAAUACCACUUUCCACAACAACUGCAGCCCAGGCACCAUUUUGUUCCUCGUCUCCCUCAUUAUGGGCCUCAAUACCACUCCCCCCAGCAGCACAACAGGAGGAUGUUCAUGAAAUGAUUGUGGUGAUGUCUGUGGGACUGUGGUGAGGACUUUCCUGCAGAACAAUCUUUGGCAUGGGUAAAUGUUAUCAAUAAAGAAUCUUAUUAAUGAA